AUAUGAAAAAGAAAUUUAACUAUUGGUAUUCCUAGUUUUUACCCCACAAGAUUCCAUUAGAACAGUAUUCUACAUUCAUCCAACAAUUUAUCUGCCUUUAAGACAAAGAUUGGCAACCAGAGCUUUACAGACAUCCACCAAGGUGUUUGCCACCUGAUCUGAACACCAAAAAUAAAUACUGAAAGCAAAAAUGUAAUAUAAUUCUAGUAAACUUCAAAGCAGAAUGCCAGUCUCUGUCACCAUUUCCAUGAAUGCUUCUAUGGCCUAUAGAAGCAGAAUACAAGGUGGAUGAUGACAUCACAGUGCUUUAUUUAGAAGUGAGAUUCCUGCUGACCUCCCUUCUCCCCACCAAGAAGGCAAAGGACCAAUGAUAUAGGAGAAAACAAUCUCAGCAAAUAAGGAUAGUCUUGGAUCUUUGCUGCUGUUAAACUUAAUUUUAAAUGUCUAGGAGACAACCAGUAACCUAGAGUGUCAUUCUUACCUUACUAGGAUCCUAGCAUCCUCAAAAAGGACGAAGCUCCCAACGUGAAGCCUUCACCUGAAAAACUGGGCAUACACUCAGAGAUAGCCCCUGUUGCGUGAUGCUAUAUAGCACAGUGAAAUGACAGCAUAGAAAAUGAUUUAUGACAUUUUGUAUUAAGUCAUAAUCUAGUAUGUAGCUUUAAUAGGUGUUAGGUAGGGACCCCAUAUGCCUCAGAGCACCUUUAGCUUUGAAUACCAAGGAUUAUAAAAUAGAAUAAGGGGCCCUGAAAGGUGUCAGAUGUCUCACACAAAGUCUGUUAAAUCAAAGAAAGAAAAAAUGGGUGAUGAAAGAUUUAGGGAAGGCCCCAAAUCUUCCAAUGAAAAUUGAACAUACAGAAUGUCCUUGAACUGCUAAAUGGCUUGGGGAGGAAGAGGGAGAGAGACAGAGAAAGAGAGAGAGAGAAGAGAAGAAAGAGAAGAGAAAAGAAAAAAGAAGAGAAAAGAAAAGAAAAGAAAAGAAAAGAAAAAUGGAAUGGAAUGGAUGCUUAACUGGCUUCCUAUAGUUUUAAUGAGGAAUAGAGAUGGAGAACAGAGGGAGGGAAGAUGUUGAAUUGAAAGACAAAUGGAUAUCCAAUCUUUUCUUGAAGACCUUCAGUGAUGGAGCACCCACAACUCCAGAAGGCUCUUGUGAAAAACAGAAUGUCCGAACAGAUCACAAUAAUUAAGGAAGAGGCUUCACAGGAUAUUUCCUAGAAUGAAGAAAUGUUGAACGCAGAGAAAACAAACCUGACUGGCAUCACAGAAUUUAUCCUCUUGGGGUUGGGGAACCCCUCUGAGUUGCAACCUCUUCUUUUCUUGCUUUUCCUGAUAAUUUAUCUUGUGACAAUAAGUGGGAACCUCCUUAUUAUUGUGCUGGUUGUAGCUGACCAACAUCUUCACAUCCCCAUGUACUUCUUCCUGGGGAAUUUGUCCUGCCUGGAAACCUUCUACUCCUCAACUAUCUUGCCAAAAAUGUUGAGCAGUUUUUUAACUGGGGACAGAAUUAUUACCAUGGGUGGAUGCCUAGCCCAAUAUUAUUUCUUUGGUUCUUUUGCAGCUACUGAAACUUAUCUCCUUGCAGCAAUGUCUUAUGACCGUUAUUUGGCAAUAUGUAAACCUUUGCUCUAUGCUUCUAUUAUGAGUAGGAAAUUAUGUUUCCAGCUUAUCAUUGGGGCAUGGAUGAAUGGGUUGCUAGUUAAUGGCAUCAUGAUGUUUCUGAUUGGUGACUUAUUUUUCUGUGCCCCCAAUAUCAUUGAUCAUUAUUUUUGUGACCUGAUUCCUCUAGAAAAGCUCUCCUGUACUGAAACAAGCCGAAUUGAACUAGCUACUUUUCUUUUGGCCUUUAUUUUGACUGUCACUCCAUUUGUUCUAACACUCACUUCUUAUUUUUCCAUUAUUACCACCAUCAUAAAAAUCAAAUCCAGUACUGGGAGGCAAAAAGCUUUUUCAAGCUGUUCAUCUCAUCUCACAGUAGUUUGUCUUUUUUAUGGCACCAUUAUGAUUGUCUACAUGUUGCCAGACACACCCACCCUGAGACAUCUCAAUAAAAUCUUCUCUAUCUUUUAUACAAUUCUGACUCCUUUGGCUAAUCCUAUCAUUUACACACUACGGAAUAAAGAAGUUCACAAAGCCUUUAGUCGUGUUCAGAAUAAAUUGACAUAUUUUUGGAAGUUAUAACUAAUAGGAUCCUUUUUUCUUUAAAGAACAUCUUGAGUGGAGUUGAUAAAUGUAGAAAUGCUGUAAGAGUCACCAAAGAAAGUUUUUAUAACUAAAAUUAAUUUUGCUAUUUUUUUAUAGCCAUCCACACCAUGUAAAUUUCUUUCUAUUCACCCUACAGCUUGUGAAAUUUCACAGCCUAUCAGUUUCUACAAUUUUUUCUGUCUCCCAUCUUUUUAUAUGGAUUUUAAAACAUUUGCUAAUGUAUGUGUACAAUCUGAAUAGUUUUGUGACUAUACUCCAAUAGUUUAUGUUUAAUUCCCAUUUAUCAUGUUUUAGAAAAGUUCGUGUUAUUUUUUUCUUAUUGUAGGCUUUUAAAAAAGUUUUUAAAAUUUAGAUAUAAUUUACAUUAUAAAUAAUCAUCAUAGAACCGUGUUAUGAAAUAAUUAUCUUUUAAAUAAUUAUUUUCUAUUGUUAAUGGAUAUGUUCUGCUAUUUUGUCUUAUAACACAGCUUUGAUUGGCUUGUUUACUUCUAUUUGUUCUGGUUGCUGGUUUACUUUUUCCUAGAAAUAUUGGAAAUAAAGUGAAUAAACCGUAA